UUCUCUCUCUUACUUCCUCUGUAACAGCCAUGGCGUUCGGGGUUCGAAACCCUAAGCUUCUCUCUCUGAUCCUCCUCAUCUCCGUUCUCGCUAGCGCAUCCGCGAAAGUGUUCUUCGAAGAGCGCUUUGAUGAUGGAUGGGAGAGCCAGUGGGUUAAAUCUGACUGGAAGAAAGAUGAGAACAUGGCUGGGGAGUGGAAUUACACCUCCGGUAAGUGGCAUGGGGACGCCAAUGACAAAGGUAUUCAGACAAGUGAAGAUUACAGAUUCUACGCCAUUUCAGCUGAGUUCCCUGAAUUCAGCAACAAGGAUAACACACUAGUUUUCCAAUUCUCCGUUAAGCAUGAGCAGAAGCUUGAUUGUGGUGGUGGGUACAUGAAGUUAAUCAGUGGUGAAUUAGAUCAGAAGAAAUUUGGCGGUGAUACACCAUACAGCAUCAUGUUUGGACCAGAUAUCUGUGGUUACAGCACCAAGAAAGUCCACGCCAUUCUUAACUACAACGGGUCUAAUCAUUUGAUCAAGAAGGAUGUUCCUUGUGAGACUGACCAGCUCAGUCAUGUAUACACAUUUAUUCUUCGACCAGAUGCUACCUACACCAUCCUUAUUGACAAUGUGGAGAAGCAAUCUGGCAGUCUCUACAAGGACUGGGAUCUUCUUCCUCCUAAGCAAAUCAAGGAUCCCGAAGCUAAGAAACCUGAAGAUUGGGAUGACAAAGAGUACAUUCCAGAUCCCGAGGAUAAGAAGCCAGAGGGUUAUGAUGACAUUCCAAAAGAGAUUCCGGAUCCUGAUGCUAAGAAGCCUGAAGAUUGGGAUGAAGAGGAAGAUGGUGAAUGGACAGCACCAACAACUCCCAACCCAGAGUACAAGGGCCCAUGGAAGGCAAAGAAAAUUAAGAACCCCAACUACAAGGGAAAAUGGAAGGCACCACUUAUUGACAACCCAGAUUUCAAGGACGACCCUAAUCUCUAUGUUUUCCCCAAUUUGAAAUAUGUGGGAAUUGAACUAUGGCAGGUGAAAUCUGGAACCCUGUUUGAUAAUGUCUUGAUCACUGAUGAUCCUGAGUACGCCAAGCAGUUGGCUGAAGAAACAUGGGGCAAGCAGAAAGAUGCUGAGAAGGCAGCAUUUGAUGAGGCAGAGAAGAAGAUAGAGGAAGAGGAAUCAAAGAAUGAUCCCGUUGAUUCUGAUGCUGAGGAUGAAGAUGAAGCUGAAGAAACCGAUGAUGCAGGAAAUGAAUCCGAUGCCGAAACAAAGUCGGAGGCGAUUGAAGAAAAUGAUGAGGCCAAUGAGUCCGACAAGCAUGAUGAACUGUAGGGAGAAAGUGCAGCAAGUUCAAAGAGAUAACUGGGGUGUUAAGAGUACUCCGAAAUUUUUUUUCUUAUUUUAUUUUUACAUGUAGGAAUUUUCUCGGUGAAGGAACUUUAGCAGUUUGAGCCACUAGAACAAUAUGCUGAUUUGUGUGUUUUUCAUCGCAAAAUGAAUAGUUCCCGACUUUUUAAGCUGGAAAAUGGCACUCAAAUUGACCCAUUUUACA